UCCCGCACUGACACGCGUUCUCCUUCUCCAUUUCUAUCUGUUUCAUUCGUCUCUCAUCCGCCGCUUUUUCGUACACCUCAUCUUCGCUUGAAAAGGUUCGAAAAUACACCAGAUUUUUUCCGCGUUUUUGCGUGAAUAGCGUUUUGAUGUUGGUGACAGAGCCGCGCAUGCGUGGCUGUGUUGUCGGAAUUGCGGGGCUGCUUCAGACUAAGUUUAUUUCUCCAAUCUUCGUCUCUCGGCACGGAGUGAGUGAUGUGGACGACUCGAGACCGUUGGCGCACGGGGCUGCUCUAUCUCCCGGUGCUAGUCACCAUGGUGUUGGGCGCGCAGAGCCCCAGCGAACCUAGCAACAUGUCAUACGUCAAAGUCACCGUGGAUAAACUGCUGAAAGGCUACGACAUACGACUGAGGCCAGACUUUGGAGGUCCGCCUGUUGACGUCGUCAUGAGUAUUGACAUCUCCAGCAUUGAUAUGGUAUCAGAAGUGAACAUGGACUACACCAUCACCAUGUACUUCCAGCAGUCGUGGCGGGACAAGCGGCUGUCCUACACGGGCAUCCCCCUCAACCUGACGCUGGACAACCGGGUGGCCGACCAGCUGUGGGUGCCCGACACCUACUUCAUCAACGACAAGAAGUCCUUCGUGCACGGCGUCACCGUCAAGAACCGCAUGAUCCGCCUGCACCCUGACGGCACCGUGCUCUACGGACUCAGGAUCACCACCACGGCCGCCUGUAUGAUGGAUCUGCGCAGAUAUCCACUGGACGAACAGAACUGCACCCUGGAGAUCGAGAGCUACGGCUACACCACCGAUGACAUUGAGUUCUACUGGCAGGGUGGUCAGUCUGUCACGGGCGUAGACAACAUCGAGCUGCCUCAGUUUUCCAUCAUCGACUACCAGACCAUUUCCAAGAAGGCCGUGUUCGCCACAGGCUCGUACCCGCGCUUGUCUCUGAGCUUCAAGCUGAAGAGGAACAUCGGCUACUUCAUCCUGCAGACCUACAUGCCCUCCACCCUCAUCACCAUCCUCUCCUGGGUCUCCUUCUGGAUCAACUACGACGCUUCAGCUGCCCGAGUGGCCUUGGGCAUCACCACCGUGCUGACCAUGACCACCAUCAACACCCACUUGCGCGAGACGCUGCCCAAGAUCCCCUACGUCAAGGCCAUUGACAUCUACCUGAUGGGCUGCUUCGUCUUCGUCUUCCUGGCGCUGCUGGAGUACGCCUUCGUCAACUACAUCUUCUUCGGCCGCGGGCCCCACCUGCAGAAGAAGAAGGCCGAGAACGCCGCCAAGAGCACCAACGAGAAGCAGCAGCGCAUGGACGCCAACAAAGUGCAGGUGGACGCGCAGGGCAACAUCCACCUGGCAAACAUGGACCUGCGGAACGAGAUGACAGGUAUGGAGAUGCUGGGCGGCCUGGGCGGCGCCAACAGCAUGUUCACCUACGACAGCGCCAGCAUCCAGUACCGCAAGCCGCUGACGGGCCGCGACCUGUACGGCCGGCCCACGCCCUCGCUGGAGCGGCCGCUGGGGCCCAAGAAGAGCCGCCUGCGGCGCCGGGCCUCGCAGCUCAAGGUCAAGAUCCCCGACCUGACGGACGUCAACGCCAUCGACAAGUGGUCGCGUGUCAUCUUCCCCAUCACCUUCACCUUCUUCAACCUGGUCUACUGGCUCUACUACGUCCACUAGAAGAAGAAGACCUCCAUAGUCUCCUCCUCCUCCUCCUCCUCCUCCUCAUUCUCCUCCUCCCCUCUUCAACCAAUCCCUUUGUCCUAAAAAGCCCAGCCAACCAACCAACCAGCCAAACAACCAAUCAAAUCCCCCCACCUUCUCCUACUACUACUACUACUACUUCUACUAUUUACCUAUGCCCCUCCCCCUUCCCUUCCCUUCCCUUCCCUCUACUUUUGAUCCCAUCCUUGUUGGCCGCUCUGGGCUCCACUCGCCAUGUCUGUGUGGCCCAUUGGGAGUUUGCCCGGCUGUGCCCGGCCCGAUCAUUUCAUUGUGACUCGACACCUUCAGAAGAUGGAAAGGAAC